AUGCUUCCUCCCAUUCCUGUGCUGGCCGAUUACGGCAUCUCGGCCAAGCACGGCUUCCUGCCCGACGACCUGCCGCUGGCCCGGCUGCCCGACCCCUACUAUAACAAGUGGGAGGCUGUGGUGGCGAACCUGCAGGCGCUGAUCCUGAGCCGGCGUCUGCGCGGCGUGGUCGACCGGCUGCCGGUGCUGUCGACCGACGGGCUGGAGCACGUGGCCGAGUGGCGUCGUGCCUACUGUAUCUUGUGCUUCAUGGCCCACGGCUACGUCUGGGGCGGCGAUCGACCGAGCGACCGGCUGCCACCACCGCUGGCCGUGCCGUUGCUGGCCGUGUCGACACGACUAGAAGUUCCGCCGGUCGCUACCUUUGCCGCCGUGUGUCUCUGGAACUUCAAGCCGCUCUUUGUCGACGAGGGCGUCGACCGGCUCGAGAACCUGGCUACGCUCAACACCCUGACCGGCUCGCUCGAUGAGUCUUGGUUCUACCUCGUCUCCGUCGCCAUCGAGGCUCGCGGCGGGCCCAUGAUCGCCAUCAUGCUGGCCGCCAUGGCCACAGUCCGACGAGGCGAGCAGCAGGAACCGGACAGCGAGGCAGACACGGCCGCCACCGUGACGGCCUGUCUCUGCGCCUUUGCCGAGCGGCUCGACGACCUGACUGGCCUGCUGCAGCGCCUGCACGAACAGUGCGAUCCGACCGUGUUCUACCACCGCAUCCGGCCCUUCCUCGCCGGCAGCAAGAACAUGGCCGACGCUGGCCUGCCCCACGGUCUCAUCUACGACGAUGGCACCGGCCACGAGACGUACCGCCAGUACAGCGGCGGCAGUAACGCCCAGAGCAGCCUGAUCCAGUUCUUUGACAUCGUCCUCGGCAUCGAGCAUCGCCCGACGGGCGACAAGGGCGACAAGAACGACAAGGCCGGCACCCUGUCGGCUUCUGAGCCGCCUCCCCACAACUUCAUCAUGGAGAUGCGUCAGUACAUGCCCGGGCCACAUGCCCGUUUCCUGCGCGACGUCGCCGCCGUCGCCAACAUCCGGCCCUACGUGCUGGCCCGCCCGCACGACCGUCCGCUGGCCAUCGCCUACGACGCCUGCCUCUCGAUGCUGCGCGCCCUGCGCGACCGCCACAUCGCCAUCGUCACCCGCUACAUUGUCGUGCCGUCGCGCGAGGCCAUGCGGGCCCGCAGCCGCUCGCGCAGCCCCGAGACCGUGCGUCGUCAGCCGGCCGUCGCCCAGCCGAAGCCCGUCAAUCUCGCUCGCCCGACCGACUCGAAGCAGCUCAAAGGCACCGGCGGCACCGCCCUCAUCGCCUUCCUCAAGCAGGCCCGCGACGAGACCGGCGAGCCGGCCGUCGAGGACUGGGCACGCCGCUUCCUCGGUCGCCAGGCUCGCGGCCCCGGCAAGAACGAUUUCUUCUUCGGCAAGCCCGAUGAGUCGCCGCUGACGCCCGAGGUCGCCGCCGCUGCCGUCACCGAUGACGAGGAGGAGAUUGUCGGCGGCAUGGCCGGCACUUGGACCAUCGAUGACGACGUCGGCGGCCUGUGCCAGUACUGA